AUGUCGCCGACUGCAGGCCAGCGCCCGUACUCGAAGUCGGAUUCUAUCCCACUCACACUGAGGCCGUAUCUGGAGAAUUUACCUUCGCCGACAGUGCUGGUCCCCAGCGAUCAAAGAACUCCCACAGGUCCACGCGUGGUCAUACCAGAUAGAGACGUUGUCACACCCACACCCACUCCUCGGAGGACCCGAGCUGUCACAUCAUUUGAGCUUGGCGCAGAAGACGGAGCGGAUGAUAGAGAUGCGAGCACAAAUGAAGGGGUAGAUACAUCGGCUUCACUCGGAGGCGAGUUGACACUGGGCGAAGCCGCGGAGCAGGAGGAUAACGCCGCGGAUGUAGCGGGCGUCACUUUGGACGACGAUGAUUUUGAGUCACAUUACUCCCGCCAGGAGUCCGAGUACUCUGAGGAGGAAGAUGAGGGACAGGGGAUUUUGCAGGACAAUGGAGACGAAGGGCGCCAGGAACGGCGACAGAAUGGAGAUCCACCAGUCGCGCCGAAAAGACCAGACUUGCUGUCCAGGGUCCGCUCAUUGCCUGCUCGGCCUCCGAUUCCACAGACAACAGAAAUGCAUCCUCACCCCCAACAGCAAUCUGGUGAGCUUCAUACCUCUCAGUCGACCACGUCUCUGCCUCCCCCACCACCUCCGCCACUAUAUCCGCCGUUCUACAAUCGCCCGCCCACUCCUCUGCCACCGUCUCCAAGUCUAACGUCCCUUCUUCGACCCCCAUCUCUGCUCAAUCGCUCUACAGCGUCUACACGUCCUACCACACCUGACAGCUCCGACGUGGAGACCCCCAACGACACUGAAGCUGCUGUGGCUCACUCGGCCCGGCGUGCAAACCCACCACCACCCACCUCUCCAAAGGUCCCGACAUACGAGUACUAUGGCUUUGUCUUGUACUUGGCCUCUACGCUUGCCUUCCUGAUUUACAUUCUCUGGUCUUACCUACCGUCUCCGUUCCUCCAUGCCUUGGGAAUUACAUAUUACCCCAAUCGUUGGUGGUCAUUGGCCAUUCCAGCAUGGAUCGUCAUGCUCCUGAUUUUUAUAUAUGUUGCACUGCUGAGUUACAACGUCGAGUAUCUCACUCUUCCACUUGGGAGUUUGGAGUGCAUGGUCGAUGAAGCUGCGAAUGUGGCCAUCCUCGACCAUUCUGGGCGCCUGAGGAAAGGCGGAAGCAAACGCUUCGUCAAAGAGCUGGAAGAGCGCGCGAAGCUUGAACGAGAAAUGGAGUCCUCGCGAGCUACAUCUGGGAGAGGCAAGAAAGCGGCCCAUCGGGCACAAGACAAAGUAAAGCGAAAGUCCUCAAGAGCAAGCAGUGGUCGUGACCCGGAGCCGCGUGAAGUGCCGGCGCGAGAUUAUCGAGCUUCGCCACCAUCUUUCUCGGCAUCACCCUCAAGUCCUUAUCAGCGUCAAGCACCGAACCCCUUUAUUUCUACACAUAUCUAUUCGACGCAGACUCAACAUGAGUACCAGAGGCAAGGGCUUUCCCCCUCAUACCCCGAUUGGAAGCUUGUUUGGAACGAGGGUACCGAUGCCGUCAUGGAUGUGCCUAUCGGUGGGGUGUGUGAAGUAUUGUAUGGCUGA